GGGCGCUCUUUCAUCACGCGUCGUUAAUGACGUGUUCAAAUUUCCGGAGGCAGACUACAUUAUUUCAUAAGAAUACCAAUCGUAUGUACCCAGUUAUCUCUUCGAUAUCGGGGUUUGAUUUCUAAGCAGAUGGCCUCUUCAAAUAUUGGAAUAGCUUAGCUUUAAAGGACCUCCAGCCAUCAUGAGCGGAAACGUCUUGUUUGCCAUGAUCACUCGUCUCCGGGAUGGUCUGCCGUUGUCAGCGACCACGGACCAUGACCCGAGUCAGAGGGUUUUAGAGAGCAAGAAAUACGCCAAGAUUAUCUCCAAGAAAGCCUCUCAAUUCCCAGACAGAUGCUCCAUGUUCACCGGUAGCCAUUGGUUAUAUUUUAUUUCAUCUCUCGGUGUUUGCUUCAUCACGAUGUGUGAGGAGAGCUACUCUAGCGUUCUAGCAUUCUGCUUCCUUGAUGAACUACAGAGGGAGUUUAUCUCACUCUACGAUAAUAAAAGGGUGGAUAACGCCGUCAGACCUUAUGCUCUCAUUGAUUUUGAUCGCAUCAUACAAAAGACAAAACAGAGAUACAACAAUCCGAUGACCCUCAAUGCAAGACAGAAAUAUUCUGACAUGACCUUAGAGGUCAAACUCCGUCCGCCGUACAGAAUCAGCAUCGAUGAUCUUGAACCUACAGGGAGAAGAAACGUCAAUGGAAUCAGCGCUCAUCAUAUUCCAACUUGGCAAGCUGUAAAUUUGAGUGAUACUGAGGAUAUACCUAAACCAACAAAUUUCCGGAGACCAUUUUCCAGACUUGACUGGAUGGCUAAACUACUUGUCUUCCUCUCCGUACUGUGCGGGACUUUAAAUCUUGCCAGGAUUAUGGCUGUUUUAACAUUUGGCACUUCACCAUACGAACCAGACGAAAAGGUAAUUGUGGCCCAAGCCAUGGCUCUACUCAUCAUAGCUGCUCUCCUUAGCUACUACCAAUCUUUUAAACUCUGGACGUCGCUAGGUCAGAGAUCAUUACGCCAGCUUCUGGCCUGCGUAUUAGUCAUUGUGUGCAAUUACUCCCUCUACAAACUCUACUGGCGAUUCCUUUUAACAGCUGGGUUCCAUUCGCUAGUAGCUGUACUGGUGGCCUGGAAAAUGAGAGCGGGAUCAGGAGAUUUUAAGUUGCCCAACUACACCGUGUAGCUCUCCAUUUGCCGUAGAUCGUCAUCCUGGAAUUGCCAUAUUCUUUAGAGUAUAUUAUAGAUGUACACCGUCCAUGUGCUAAUAGUUGUCUAAUGCAGUCCACAGUUAGCUCCAUUGGAAUGGAAUGGUGGUGGUUAUUGGCGACCAAAGCUGGGAAAGAAAUAGUAUUAGACAUUACAGUUCUCUAGUUUAAUAUUUUAUAAGAAAGACUACUUAGUUUGUAAUUGAGAGCAGAAUAUCACAGAGAUAAAGGAAUUAAUUAUUGAUAGAGAUGGAAAGACAGCACUGAAAAAGAAAGAGGCACUAUGAGACAGAAUUAGUAUAUUUAUAAAUAGG